AUGGCAAGUAUCGGUUCGCAAGUGAGAAAAGCCACCUCUAGCAUUGACCCUAUUGUCACUGAUUAUGCAGUAGGCUACUUUAACCACUUAUCUGGUAUAACUUUCGAUGCUGUUCAAAGUAAGCAAAUAGACUUGUCUUCUGAAGUGAAAUUUGUGUCCGAUUUGUUAGUUGAUGCCGGUGCGCCAAAGGACAAAGUUAACGUAUUGGCUGAAAACAUUCUGAUGCAAUUAACUACCCAACUAAAGGAAAACGAAGCUAAAUUGGAACUGACUGGUGAUACAUCCAAGAGAUUACUAGAUAUAAAUGUCUUGAAGAGUCAUAACAGUAAGUCUGACCUCAACGUCUCUUUGAGCAUGCUCGGUGUGAACGGUGACAUCGAACAUGCUGGUAGAAAUAUGGAAACAAGAGUCGAUUUGAAAAAAUUGGCUAAGGCUGAACAAAAAAUUGCCAAAAAAGUUGCCAAAAGAAAUAACAAAUUUGUUAAAUACGAGGCUUCUAAAUUGAUUAACGACCAAAAGGAAGAGGACUACGAUUCUUUCUUUUUGCAAAUCAACCCUUUGGAAUUUGGAUCAUCCGCUGGUAAAUCCAAGGAUAUCCACAUCGAUACUUUUGACUUGUAUGUUGGUGACGGUCAAAGAAUUCUGUCGAAUGCUCAGUUGACUCUGAGUUUUGGUCAUAGAUAUGGUCUUGUGGGGCAAAAUGGUAUUGGUAAGUCUACGUUGUUAAGAGCUCUCUCUAGAAGAGAACUGAAUGUCCCCAAACAUGUCUCAAUUUUACAUGUGGAACAAGAAUUGAGAGGUGAUAAUACAAAGGCUUUACAAAGUGUGCUAGAUGCUGACGUUUGGAGGAAACAACUUUUAAGUGAAGAGGCCAAGAUUAAUGAGAGGUUAAAGGAGAUGGACGCUUUGAGAAAUGAAUUCGAAGAAGACAGUUUAGAAGUUAAAAAAUUGGAUAAUGAAAGGGAAGAUUUAGACAACCAUUUGAUACAGAUUUCUGAGAAAUUGGUCGAUAUGGAAUCCGACAAGGCUGAAGCCAGAGCAGCGUCAAUCCUAUAUGGGUUGGGGUUCAGUACCGAGGCACAACAACAACCUACAAAUUCCUUCUCUGGUGGUUGGAGAAUGAGAUUGUCGUUGGCAAGAGCUUUGUUCUGUCAGCCAGACCUUUUGUUAUUAGAUGAACCUUCCAAUAUGUUGGAUGUUCCAUCCAUCGCCUAUUUAGCAGAAUAUUUGAAAACAUAUCCAAAUACUGUUUUAACAGUUUCUCACGACCGUGCAUUCUUGAAUGAAGUGGCUACAGAUAUCAUAUAUCAACACAACGAAAGAUUAGAUUAUUACAGAGGCCAAGAUUUCGAUACCUUUUACACCACGAAGGAGGAACGUAGGAAAAAUGCGCAACGUGAAUACGACAACCAGAUGGUCUACAGAAAGCAUUUGCAAGAGUUUAUUGACAAAUAUAGAUACAAUGCAGCAAAAUCACAAGAGGCUCAAUCCAGAAUUAAGAAAUUGGAAAAACUGCCCGUUUUGGAACCACCUGAACAAGAUAAAAUUAUUGAUUUCAAAUUCCCUGAAUGUGACAAACUAUCCCCACCAAUUAUUCAAUUACAAGAUGUUUCUUUCGGUUAUGACGAGAAGAAUUUGCUAUUGAAGGACGUUAAUCUGGAUGUUCAAAUGGAUUCCAGAAUCGCCCUUGUAGGUGCCAAUGGUUGUGGUAAGACUACACUACUAAAGAUUAUGAUGGAGCAGUUAAGACCACUCAAGGGUUUUGUAUCAAGAAACCCAAGAUUGCGUAUAGGCUAUUUCACCCAACAUCAUGUGGAUUCUAUGGAUUUAACCACAUCUGCAGUGGACUGGAUGUCCAAAUCAUUCCCCGGUAAAACUGAUGAAGAAUACAGACGUCAUUUAGGUUCAUUUGGUAUCACUGGUACUCUGGGUCUACAAAAAAUGCAGUUAUUGUCUGGUGGUCAAAAGUCGCGUGUAGCAUUUGCUGCUUUGUGUUUGAACAAUCCACAUAUUCUAGUUUUAGAUGAGCCUUCUAAUCAUUUGGAUACCACUGGUCUGGACGCCUUGGUGGACGCUUUAAAGAAUUUCAAUGGUGGUGUAUUAAUGGUUUCCCAUGAUAUAUCUGUUAUCGAUUCUGUUUGUAAAGAGAUUUGGGUCUCAGAACAAGGUACUGUCAAGAGAUUCGAAGGUACUAUUUACGAUUAUAGAGAUUACAUUUUGCAAUCCGCUGAUGCUGCCGGUGUCGUUAAAAAGCAUUAG